AACGUCAGAGAUUAUCUUUCUAGAAUUGGAAUUCAAUUGGAUUAUCAGUUAUCACCCAAUUGUUUUAGAGAGAGAAAGCACGAUCAUGUGCUCUCCCUUCCUUUCGCUUUCUGAUUUCUAUCCAAAUGGCGGAUACUUCAAAGGCUUAACUCACCCCAUUCAUCUUCCUUCUGCUUUUUUUUCACUACCCACCACCCAGCUUCCCUUUUAAGCUAUUUGGGUUUCUUGCAUUUCUGUUUCUGUUCCUGCUGCCUUUUCUCAAAUAACUUCGUUGUCUCUUCUUCUUUUCCUAACUUCCGGGAGUUGUAGAAAUGGCUGUGACUAUGGCUGCUUCGAGCCUUGGGCUCUCCUUCACUGCCGAGACUAAUUUCAGAGCCCUGGAGAAACCCACUUGCAUUGCGCCUAUAUUGAAGACUCCAUCUGGGUUUGGUUCUACUAAACCAUUCUUUAUUUUCCAUAAAGGAAGAUUGUCAUCCUCAGGAACCACAAUUAUCCCUCAAGCAGCACCUGUUGCUAAUGUAGAGGAUGGAAAUCAAGCAGAGACCGACACUGUUCCAACUCCUGUAGUAAUAAUUGACCAAGACUCUGAUCCAGAUGCAACUGUGGAAAUAACAUUUGGUGAUCGCCUUGGCGCUCUUCUUGACACAAUGAAUGCACUGAAAAACUUGGGGCUCAAUGUUGUUAAGGCAAAUGUCUAUAUGGAUGCCUCUGGAAAGCACAACAAAUUUUGCAUCACAAAAGCCGAUACUGGCAGGAAAGUGGAAGAUCCGGAGUUGUUAGAGGCGAUUCGUUUGACAAUUAUAAAUAAUAUGAUUCAGUAUCAUCCGGAAUCAAGUGCCCAGUUAGCGUUGGGAGCAGCUUUUGGACUUAUGCCUCCAAAAGAACAGGUGGAUGUGGACAUAGCAACCCACAUAACCAUCUCCGACGAUGGCCCAGAACGAAGUUUGCUUUAUGUGGAGUCAGCUGAUCGACCUGGAUUACUGGUGGAUCUUGUUAAGAUUAUUACUGACAUUAACAUCACUGUCGAAUCUGGAGAAUUUGACACUGAGGGGCUCUUGGCUAAGGCGAAGUUUCACGUCAGCUACAAAGGUGGUGCGAUCAUCAAGCCUCUCCAGCAAGUUCUUGUAAACAGCUUGAGAUAUUUCUUGAGAAGGCCCACAACCGAGGAAUCCAGUUUUUGAGUGGGGUCUCUUAUAAGGCAAAUGUUGGAUCUCUUACAUUGAAAUUGUUGGAUGAUGAAUAUUUACUCCCUCAUUUUGGAAAAUCUUUAUAGAAUACAGUCAAACAAAAUGCUUUAGUGUACAUGAAAUCUAUAAAUUAUUAUGUUGUCAAGCAUCUAAACUUGUUUUUUAUUCCAAUUUCAUAUAUGA